AUGGCCGACGCUCCAGACCACGAUACGCUGAUAGCACAAUUCUCUACCAUCGUUGGAACAGAUCCUAACCAGGCUCGGGAAUAUCUCGCCGCAAACGAAUGGAACCUCGAAACCUCCCUUGCAAACUAUUACGCUGCUCAGGACGACCCGGUCGAUGAUUCGAGCUCAGACUACGUUGAAGACGAUGCCCCAGCCACCACAAAUCAAUCUCAUCCACAAUACGGUCUCGGUCGAAGGCUAGGAGAAGGCCCAUCUGAUCCCCAGCCAAUUCCCGUUGCUCCUGUUUCGGCCUCCUCUUCACAACCAAAGAAGGCCUCGUCUGCACAGAAGAAGAAGUUUGCUACAUUAGGUGACGUCGGAGCAAGCGGUGCGAAUGGGGAUGACUCUGAUGACGACGAAAAGCACGAUCUGUUUGCGGGAGGUGAAAAGUCAGGUUUGGCGGUGCAGAACCCGGAUGACCUCAAAAAGAGAAUUUUGGAAAAGGCUCAGAAAGCUGGGCCACCGCCAAAGGAUACGGCGUCGUCCAAGAAAUCCCACUUCACUGGCUCCGCGCGCACAUUGGGAGGCGACGAUGCUCCAUCAAGAGAGAUUCCUGCAGCCCCUCAGCCGAGGGGUAGGGCAGAGCGUGUUGAGCGUACUCUUCACUUCUGGCAAGAUGGCUUCAGCGUUGAUGAUGGCGAUCUCUAUAGGGUCGACGACCCAAGAAACGCCGAGAUCCUCAACUUGAUUCGACAGGGACGGGCACCAUUGAAUAUCAUGAAUGUGCUGCCGGGACAAGAAGUGGAUGUCGAGAUCAAACAACACGAGGAGAAGUAUGUCAAGCCCAAGAAGAAGUUCCGACCUUUUGAUGGAUCUGGCCACCGUCUGGGAAGUCCGACCCCUGGGAUACAGUCAAUGCCUGGUACUUUCACCGCAGAAUCCAGCGCACCAGCUGCUACCGCAUCAGGGGCUUCGGCUGCUCCCACGGUUAACAUUGACGAGUCAAAGCCCACAGUCACAUUGAGAAUCAGCUUAGGAUCAGGCACGCGAUUGACAUCCAGGUUUAAUACGACCCAGACCAUUGGCGAUGUGUAUGACUUCGUUCAGCGGGCCGAGCCAGGUGGUAGGAACUUUGUUCUGCAAACUCCCCUCCCGAUCACCGAGUUGACGGACAAGACAAAGGUGCUGGGGGAUAUGGCAGAGUUCAAGAGAGGAGGGGCUGUGGUUCAGAAAUACGUCUGA